CGGCUUGAAACGUAAGUGCUGGUGCCAUGUGGAGAAGCUGUAAACACUCUGUCACUGUAAACUGAGACGUUGCGGACUAUGAGUCUUUUACCUCGCACUGCCGAGGAGUUCAGCUCCGCAGAGUACUGGGAGAGGUUCUUUAAGAAGCGAGGAGAGAAGGCCUUUGAGUGGUAUGGAGACUACAACAAACUCUGCGGCGUGCUGCACAAAUACAUCAAAGUCCAGCAUAAGGUGUUGGUGGUUGGUUGUGGUAACUCUGAACUGAGUGAGCAGCUGUAUGAUGUUGGCUACAAGCAUCUAACUAAUAUUGACAUUAGUGAGACAGUGGUGACCCAUAUGAACCAGCGAAACGCUGAGCGCCGGCCAGGCCUGACCUUCCAUCAGGUGGAUGCUACACAGACUCCAUAUGAGGAUGCCAGCUACCAGGCUGCUCUGGACAAGGGCACACUGGAUGCCAUGGCCUCCGAAGAAGAGGGAGCACUGGCCAGGAACAUGCUCACUGAGGUGGGUCGUGUGCUAAGCGUUGGUGGCCGGUAUGUCUGUGUGACGUUGGCUCAGGAGAGUGUGAUCAAGUUGGCUGUGGAGCACUUUGUUCAGCUGGGAUGGGCAGUGAGGCUCCACUGCCUGCAGGAAGAAAGUGGGAAAGAAGAGGACUCCUUUGCUCUGCCUGUCUUUGUUCUGGUCUGCACCAAGUUUCGUCAGCCUAUGCCCACGCCUAUUCUGGAGAUGUGUCUUGGGGAAGAUGGAGCCCCUACUCGUCUCACACAGGUAACAGAGCUGUUGUCGGCUGUGAGGGAGCAUCAGGCUUACUCCGUCUUGAAAAAGAGGCUCCGUACAGGCACAGACGCCAGCUCGAACCUGUCGCUCACUCUCUGCCAUACCAAGACUGGCCUUCCCAGAUACACUCUCACAGUACAAGACUGCCCCCCGGGUGCCAAGGUGCCAAGAUCAAACCAGUUUGCUAUUUUUAUUGUCCCUCAAGGCAGUGAGACAGCUUGGCUCUACAGCUCCAGUGAGGGGCGAAGGCAGCUGGCAGCUAGCGCUAACUUUCGGCGCCUUGUUAUUGUGGCAAUGCACAGGAAUCAGGAAUACACAGACAUGCAGGCUGUCCAGUCAGAGCUCUCACCAAUGGUGAUGGACCUGGCUCCCCCGGGUAUGUCAGCCAACCAGCAGGUGCCGUUUCUGUCAGUUGGAGGUGACCUGGGUUGGAGAGAGGAGGUCAGCAGGGGUGUGAGCGAGCUGAGCGGAGAGUACUGUGUGGAAAAUGUGAAAGGAGAAGACGGAGAAAUGUAUCGGAGACUCGUUUUCCUGUCUAAUGCUGCCCUUGUCCAAUCAGAGAGCCGCCUUGUCCCUUCAAGUACUGCAUCAAGUCACAAGAAGAAAAACAAAAAGAAGGUCAAACCAACAGCUGCUCCAACUACAUGUUCUACCUCUCUGUCAGUGGACAGUGGCUUCCUCUGCUGCGAUCACCAUGAAGUCAUGGUGGCUGGCCUCGCCAUGCUCGGGGCGCGCACGCCACUGAACAAAGGUGUCCCAGUGUCCGUGCUCCUGGUGGGGCUUGGUGGAGGAGGCCUGCCUCAGUUCCUACGGGACUUUGUGCCUGAUGUUACUGUUGAGGUUGUAGAAUUAGACCCUGUUGUGAUGGAAGUGGCGAAGGAAUGGUUCGGUUUCCGACCAGAUGAUCGUUUGACUGUCACUCUUGGGGACGGCCUUGAACGCAUUUGUGCCCUAGAGAAAGAAGGUGGUCGUUUGUUCGAUGUCAUCAUGUUUGAUGUAGACAAUAAAGAUAGUACUGUGGGUAUGAGCUGUCCUCCUGCUGCCUUUGUGGAAACCUCGACUUUGCAGAAAGUUUGCAGCUUGCUAACCCUCAGAGGUGUAUUCAUACUGAACCUUGUGUGUCGUGACUCGGUCUUGAGGAAAAGCGUGUUGGAGCGUGUGAGCUCAGUGUUUCCCACCAUCCUCUCUAGAAAGAUCGAAGGGGAGGUCAACGAAGUCCUUCUGUGCUCUCGUGGAGAAGAUGAGACACCGGAUGCUGCUCGCAUCCUUCCAUCCCUGAACCAAGCUGCCAAGAGUCUGCAGAGCGCACUGUGCUCUAACAGGACUGGGGCCAACAGCAGCCCACAUAUAGACAUUGCAGAGUUGUUAAAAGACCUGAAAGUAGAGUAAAGGAGGGGGGGCGGGAGUUUAGGACAAUAUGUUGAGGAUACUAAAAUUUGAGUGCCAUUCAGUGCAAUGUAAUGAAAAGUAUUAUGAUGUAUAACAUAUACAAUCACAAGUAAAGAACAUUUUAUCUUUA